AUGGAAUGGGAGGUCAGCCCGGGCCGCAUCUACAACGAUGCUUGGGGCUUGCGAAAGCUGUACUCCUAUGCACUCCGUCGUGAACUUGAUGGCCCAGAAGUCCAGAAGCUCUACAAGCUUAUCCGCCGGAUCCGCGACACCAACCCAGCCCCGGAACGCAAGCUUAAGGGGAUUUGCAAGAUCAUAGCAGCCCGCAAGGCAGGAGAGGAAGAGGAAAAGGUUUGUGAGGAGGAGGAAGAGGAUGAAUGCUGGGAUGAGGCUGAGCAAGGGGAGGAGGAAACAAUGGAAGAUGAUGUGUGUGUGUGUGUGUGUGUGUGUGAUUUGGAUAAGCCGGCACCGGCCGAAGAAGCUCGGGAGUCCCCGGUGAGACGCCUGGGGCAGAAGACGGCCACGAAGUGCGAGGAGGUGCUCUGCCUCGGGGUUACAAGCUCCAAGGAAAAGUUGGAGCUCGAUGAUGUUUUGGAGAAGAUCAAGGUUCUUCAACUUGCCAAGUCUCAAACUUAG